AAGGUAAGGCGAUUUGUUAUAACGAUUACAGUCACAGAGAUGGCCUUCCGAGUUUGUCGUCAAAGUUUUGCUCUGAGAAAUGUCACCAAGUCUCUCCUGUCAACUCCUGCACGGAGAUGUCAGUCCACCCUGUCAGCAACGGCAGAUCUAUCCCUACCCGUCACUCAUCUCAACGAAGAGGAGAGUAUGAUGAAAGAGGCCGCUGCCAAAUUUGCCAAGGAAAGGAUAGCUCCGUAUGUACAGGAGAUGGAUGCUAAAGGUGAUACUCACCCAGAGGUGCUACAGGGAAUGUUUGAACAUGGGUUCAUGGGUAUAGAGGUGGAGCCAGAGUAUGGCGGUCCAGGGUCUUCCUUUGCUGUAGCUAACAUGGUGAUAGAGGAAUUAUCCAAGGUUGACCCAGCCAUCAGUGUUUGCUGUGACAUCCAUAAUACUCUCAUCAUCACGGCUCUAAGGAACUAUGGCACUAAAGAACAGAAGGAGAAGUAUCUACCUAUGGCUGUUACAGAUAGUGUAGGAAGUUUUUGUUUGUCAGAGCCAUCAUCAGGGAGUGAUGCCUUUGCCAUGAAAACCCGAGCCAGACGAGAUGGGGAUGAUUAUGUCAUCAGUGGACAGAAAUGUUGGAUCUCAAGUGCCACCUUUGCAAAGAUAUUUCUUGUAUUUGCAAAUGCUGAUUUUACAAAGGGAUAUAGGGGUAUUACAGCGUUCCUGGUAGAUCGGGAUACAGAAGGGUUAAUUAUCGGUAAACCUGAAAACAAACUUGGCAUCAGAGCGUCACCAACAUGCCCUGUGUAUUUUGAAGACGUCAGGGUUCCAGCAAGUAAUGUACUUGGUGAAGUAGGAAAGGGUUAUAAGAUCUCUAUUGAGCUGCUCAAUGAGGGAAGGAUAGGCAUUGGAGCACAGAUGAUUGGGCUAGCUCAAGGCUGUAUGGAUGCUACAGUGCCUUAUAUCAUGGAGAGAGAACAGUUUGGACAGAAGCUGUGGGACUUUCAGAGCAUGCAGCACCAGGUAGCCCAUGUAGCCACACAGAUAGAAGCAGCUCGGACCAUGGUCUAUAACGCCAUCCGUCUCAGGGAGGCUGGCCAGCCGUUCAUCAAGGAAGCAGCCAUGUGUAAGCUCCUGUCGGCCGAUGUCGCCGCCCUUACAACAGCAAAGUGUGUAGAGUGGAUGGGAGGAGUCGGUUUCACCAAAGACUAUCCUGUUGAGAAGUUCUACAGGGAUUGUAAAAUAGGUGCAAUUUAUGAAGGUACCAACAAUAUUCAGCUGUCUACAAUAGCUAAGCAGAUCAAGGAGGAAUAUUUGAGACAAUGAGGAGAUUACAAAUCAAGGAGCAUAUACGUGGACAGCAGAGGUGUGCUAUAACAAUGUUCACUUUCUGAUAUGAGUAAGAACAAUAACAGUGAUAUAGCUCUUCUUCAUGUCAGAAAAUCAAACUGUGACAGAGUUGAAUGUAUCCAAGGAAAGUCUUAAGGCCACCGCACACCUUACGACUGCUUGUGAUCCGAUUUGUGAACAAAUCGCUUUUUGCUCAUUUUCUGAAAAUGUGAAUGGAACAUCUCAUUUUAUUCGAGGUUAAAAUUAAUUGAAAGAAUACUAA